UGUUAGAGUAAAAUUGUAGAACAAUCUAAAGAGCAACUCUGAUCAUUCCAUUAUGGAAAACCUGGAGAAAGUCAGCUGCAUAUAACCGAUCUAAACAUCCAUGCCUCAGUCUUUAGACCAACUCAUGAAAUAUUUAACUACUAAUAUAGGUGUGGACGCAAAUUAUACAGAGUAAUGAGUACAGACCAGUCCCAAUCCAUAAUGACUUCUGGAUCAGAAGGGGGAGAUUCUAAGAUUUCUGAAGAAUCAUUAUCAAUGUUUUUUGAUUCUGACUUUAAUGCUGCCAAUUAUAUUGAUAAAUUAUUUCAAAAUAUAACUAAUUCAUCUAUAACUACUGGUGCUACACCUAUAUCAACUUAUUCUAAAAAUUCAUUAGAACAUUUAUCUAAUAAUAUUCUGGAUUUAUCUACUCAUUUAGAUUAUUAUACUACUGAAUUGGCGAGUCAAAGUUUAACAGUAAAAUUAGAUACUUUAAAUCAUUCAAAUUUACCAAUAUUACCAAAAGAAUCAGAUAAAAUAACUGAUGAUUUAUUUACUGGAACUUCUAAUAAUAAUAAUUCCAAUCAAGAACUUACAAGAUUAAAAUAUUAUAUAAAUGUAUUGAAUAAUUCAAUCAUAUCCUUACAAGCAGAUUUAUCAUCUAUACAUCUGGACGUUAUAAUGGAUGAAGAAGAACGUAAAAAGAUAAGGAAACAAGAUGAAACAAUAAAGAGUUUAACAUCUUUAAAGACAGUCAAAUCAAAUUUAAUUAAUGUACUUCAAAUCUUUGAAUUUUUAAAUAAUGCAUUUGUACAAACAUUAAAAUCAAGUAAUACAAUACAAUAUGAACAAAAUGAAGUUAAUAUUUCUAUUGAAGAUUUUCAACAAUUAUUAAAUGAACUAUUUGAUACUUUAAAAUCUCAAUUAAUAGAAAAUAAAGGGACUGCUAAAUUAGAUGAUGUUAUUAAAUAUAUUACUAAAUUAAUUGAUCUUGGAACUAUAUUUAAUAAUUUAUCAACAUUUAACUCACCAUUUAAAAAGUUUAUAAAUAAUUUAACUACAGAAUUAGCAAAAUAUCAAUAGAUCUACAUACUACAUUACAUAGAUUUAAUUCAUUUUAAUUCAUU